ACUGCAGCCGACACAGUGAGACUGUGAAGCAUUCUACAACUGCCUUGCUAUUCCUUGUAGAUAUAUUUCUGUUGGGUUAAUGAUGAGAUAGCUAUCAAACCUCAGAUAUUAGGUACAACAAUGUGCUAAUUUCUGUGAUCAGUUACCAGGAACAUAUGAGGUAAAUCUCCAAAGUCCUCAGCACCUUGGUAAAGAGAAGAAUUAAAGCAGAUCAACAUUCCUAAUCAUGGUUAUGAUGAGGACCUGGAUUGAGCCAGUGGUUGCUGGGGCUCAGGUCGCCAGCUCAUUCUACGAUACUGGGCUGCUUCUGGUGGUGAAACAUCAUUACAACCAAACGACCAUGAACAGUUCUAAUGAGGAUGCAUUACAGAAAGACAUCUCAAACUUCUACAUCAUCCACAACCUAAUCCUGGGGUUAGUCCCUUUGCUGACAGCCUACAUUCUGGCCAGAAUUGGUGACAAACAGAACAGAAAGAUCACCAUAUGUGUACCUUUGGCUGGGUACCUAAUAUCAAGGGCUUUCCUAUUGUUUGUCAUCCUUUGUGACUGGCCAAUAGAGGUGAUGUUUGGUUCUGCUGCUAUCAAUGGUUUAACUGGAUGGUUCACAGCAUAUUGGGCUGGAGUUAUGGCUUGGGCAUCACAGUGUUCCUCAGAAAGCAAAAGGUCUCUUAGACUCAUCGUCAUUGAACUAGUCUAUGGAUUGGCAGGCUUUGUUGGCAGCCUGGCAUCUGGACAUAUUUUUGUUCAUUUUGAUAUCACAAAGCGACAGGGUGCUGUCUUGGUUUCCUGCAGCCUUGUCCUUUAUACAUUCUGCCUCUUGUAUAGUAUUUUUGUGCUAAAACCUCCACAAUUAGAGGGAGUACAGAACAGUCAUCCUCAAGAUACAUUGAAAGUCAGCAGUUCAAGUAACAACAGACUAGAUAGUGCUGAGCCAAGUGAAAACUCUAGGUUACUUGGAGUCAAAUCAGAUGCAAGUUCUACAGCAAAAUCUAGUGAAGUCUUCCCAUGCAAGGUCUUCAUAUGUCUUCUCUUUGCUGGUGCUAUAUUUUACAACAUUGCUGUUAAUGGUGCUGUAGAUGUGUUGCCUCUUUUUUUACUAAAAAAGCCUCUAAGUUGGGAUCCGGUAAAUAUUGGUUAUGGCAAUGCUGCUGGAUAUUUGGUAUUCAUCACCAGCUUUUUGGGUGUAUAUUUUUUCUCAAAAUGUUUGAAAGACCUCAUUAUGACAAUUAUUGGCAUUGUGUCAUUCUGUAUGGGUAUAAUCAUCAUGGCCUUUGUGCGAUGGACCUUCUUAUACUAUGUUGCCCGAGCGGUAAUGAUGUUUUCUUUAAUACCGUUACCAACCAUCAGAUCUGUUUUAUCCAAACACGUGCAAGGAUCAUCUUACGGCAAAGUCUUUGUUGUGCUUCAGCUGUCUCUGACAAUCUCAGCAGUGAUUACCUCCAUUGCAUUCAACAAGAUUUAUCAAGCCAUGCUGGACACGUUCAGUGGGUUUUGUUUUAUUCUAUCAGGGGUGAUUGCUGUCCUGAGCCUCAUUCCCAUUGGUAUUGCAGCAUAUAGGUAUCCAGAAAGACCAUGCUGUACUAGAACUGAGUGACCAGAAUACAAGAUGGUGGAGUUUCACAACUUGAUAUAUUAAUAAACCAUUAUAAUAAUAUAUAUUAUUUGUCAAUGUGCUUUUUUUUCUGAAGAAUGCGUAUGUCAGCCAGUAGUUAAUUAGAAAGAAUGACUUAUAUAGUGGGAACAGAAAUCAACGCACUAUGAAGACAAAGUAAUCAACACUUCAUUUAUUACAACACUAACCUUAUUAACCUUAUUAAAUGUCUUCUAACAUAAUUACCCUCUCCAACUUUUUGUAAGGAUCUCCCCAAAAAGUAGCUCAAACAGUACAGCUAAUAACUCAAGCCAGGCUGGCCCAUUCCAUGCCUAAAGAACAGGGUCUGAGGUAUCUGCCUGUUCUAGAAUAGCAAGCACUUGGAAAAGAAAAUA